CCACCACGCCGCGCCACACUCACCUCUCUCUCACUCAUUCACUAGCCACUCGCCCCCUCUCGUGGACGUGUCUAGUGAACUGCUGUUCACAUAUACAGGAAAAAACUCUCACAGGUUUGGACUCUAAGCCAUAUAUGUGAAAAAAUAUACUCAUUAACAGGUGUAAACUCAUUGACAAUAUAUGUGUUAAUGGAAAAAAACACAUAAUUACAGGUGUGUGAAGAAGAUUAAUUACACACGGAAACUUUGUCAUCACAUUUGUUGACAGGUGUGUUGACAGGUGUGUAGCGCCCCAAUACAUCCUCUACACACACCUGCAGCUGAGAGAGGACUACCUACCUACCUACCCUCAUGAGGAACUAGUGAAUGACUUCUCUGCUACAGCCCGCCUGGCUUGGGCCGUGGCGAACAGAAGGAUGGAAUCUCCUCUUGUCAAUGACUACAAGAAACCUUUCAUUAUUCGUAGACUCUUUGAGACCUUUCUUGGUGGUCUGAGACUGUUUGCCUCGGAAGAUACUCCUGCCUAUGUAUAUAUCCUUCAGAUAAUUCUCUUUUCUGUGAUCCCAUUAGUGACAGUGUUAUUUGUGCUGUUAGAACACAAUGACAUGAUCACUUUGUUUAUAGCAGUGAUCAUCAAUGCUGUGGUGGCUGGAUUGUAUUCUCUUGCCAUACAGACUCUUGCUCUCGUUCUCCGUACUCAGAAAUCGAAGAAAGGACAAAUUGAACAGGUGAACUUAGCAUCAGAUGAAGAUGUGGUUGAGUUUGACUCUCCUCUGGGGCCAAAGACGUGGACCUUCCUAAUUAGGGAAAAAAAAUUGAAGGGAGGCAUCUUCAUCUACUCCCUGCUGGUUGGUCUCGUUGGAGCUGGUGUUGUUCAUUACGUCCGUCCUGCCUCCACGUAUCACUUUAAUGUGCCAUGGGAAGCCUCACUGUGUUUUACCAUUCUGGGCCUCUUAACUGUGAGUGUUGGUGUCUGGCCACUGAUUGGAGGCAGCCCCCCAGAGCCUGCCACCUUUCAUCCUCUCUCCUGGGAUCUGCCUGGCCUCUCACGUCCUGCUCAUAUGCUUACUUGUGUCCUUAUACAUCUUAUUUCAAGGAUGUAUCCAGAGAUGCACUGGCUGCUGCUGUUGGAUGGCCUGUGUCAUGUGCUGUUUGCCCUGUGUUCACUCCUCUGGCUUCUUGGGAUAUUGCCACCUAUUGAUGCUUAUAUUUUAUGGAUCCUGGAGCAGUGGUUAGUUGUUGCUCUUGGUGGAUCUCCAAUGUCCUCUUCUCUGAGACUUGUGGGCCAAGUGUUCUGGGGAACAUUGACGCUCUUCAUGUCAGCUGCUCUACCACACUUUGUUGUCUUAAUGGUGUUUGCAGCUGCCCGAGGCUUUGUUCUAAGUGUUGAUAUAGCUUGGAUGAUCUCCUCACUGCUGUCCCCCACAGUCAAAUUACUAACUGGGUUAUCUGGCAAGUAUGAAGAAACUCACCCUGUGUCUGGUAAACGUUCCCUGCGUCGCACCACUUGUCGUCGGGAACUUGCCUUGUUUGUUCCCAUGCUGAUUUCUGUAGCGGGCAUGAGCUUGGGUUCACAGUUGCCUCACUAUAACUGGUAUAAUGAAGUAAUUAACAAGACAAGAGAGAGUAAUGUAUCCCAGUCAGAAUUGCCUCUUAAACCAGCACUGUUUCAGGUACCAGCCCAGAACACUGUGGGAGGUGGCCUCCUUGUCAUCACUACAACAAUGCUUCUUAUCAAUGAAAUCCAGAAAGUUUAUUUCCUGGGCAUCAUCCGGAAUCCUCUGUUCAAAUACCACAAAGCCUUACAACACAGCAAUAUUUUGUAUAUUUACUCCCAGCUGCUUCAUAUAGGUUGUCCACUGGUGUCACUGAUACUCAUUCAUCAAGUGGUGUCUGCUGAGGUUCACCUGCAGAUGGGAGCACCUCGUUAUAGCUUUACGCAUUUUAUACUUACCCUUCCCCUCGUCAGAAUUUUUAGACAGAUAUGGCAGUUUCCUCAAGCAUCAUUCCUUCAGCUUUCUCUGUACUACAUAAUUGAGUUGAUCCGACGGCAAUCAGACAUAUCUAUGGGAACAUGGGAUACUCUGCCCCCUGCCACACGAAUAUUCAUCUUGAGUAUUGGUCACCUGUGGGGCACCAGGAUGAUAAACAGACUCACUACUGUCAUCCUCUUUAUGAUUACACCUUUUACAGAGAAGAAACAACAGCAUUCCAUCAGCUUCUUACUUUUAGGGUUCAACAUCGGCAUAUCACCUCUCCUCCUUGGUCUUGUUAUCCUGUCAGCUGUUAUAUCUGCCCCUCUCCUACCAGUCUUCACUCUUCCCAUCUUCCUUCUGGGGUUCCCACGACCCCUUAGGUUCUGGUCGUACCCUGUUGGCCGAUCAUCGAACUCUUGUGAUGACUCGGUGUACUACGAGCAGCUCACUCCCCAUGUUGUGUUUGCUCUGCAUAAUUUGUUGCAGUGUGGAUCAUUAGGGAUAACGGAACCUGGAGAACAUUUUCUCCUGCGUUGGGAAGACAGAUUCAUUUGGGUUCAGAUUUUGGAGUGUGGCUUCACCUACCAGUACUACAAUGUGAAGGGUCUUGAGCUGCAGGAAACAAGUUGCCACACAGCUGAAGCUUCAAGAGUAGAUGCUAACUUCAGCAGAGCUUUUGAUGGUGAUGAUGUGGUCAACAAGGGGAUUAUAUCAUCACUGUUUAACCCUCAUGCAUUUCACACUCUUACUCCUCUCUCAAACUUUUCUGUUAUGGGAUAUUCAGACACAAGGAACGUCCUAACAGGUGUUAUAGACUCGCCAGAUACACUCAUUCUGGUCAAGGAAUAUUUCCAUAAAGCUCUUUUGUAUGUAGUAAUGAAUUACAUUGUAAAUAGAUCUGACAAAGUUGCUGAUGCAGAUACCGCUGAAGAAUCAAAGAGACCAACCAAAAGUGCCUUAAAAAAUGGAUCUCAAGAACACUUAAGAAAAUUACCAAAAGUAACCAGAAGAACAGAAUAUCACUUUGAGGAAGGAUUUCCUGACACCACAGUUGAGUUAGACAAUAAUGGAAAGGAACGGCAACCCCCAUUUGGUAGACGGAUCUCUAUUUCUCAACAGUCUCAGAGCCAGAGCGGGCGAGGAAGUCGAAUAGCUUGGGUUGAUGACCCAUUAGCACCUGAACUCAUUCCAAUUGUACCUACUGGAGAUUCAUCUCCACCUUCACCAAAAUGGGAUAAUGAAGGUGAUCCUUUUGAUAUUAGUGAGGAAGAAACAACAAACAUCAGGAAAAGGAAUGAGAAAACUCUUCCUCCAUUACAGUCAAGAGCUAUGGGUUCUCCCUCCUCUUCAGAAGACUUCAGGGGAAAUAAUAGACAAGUUAACUUCAUCCCAGGCCUCAUGUAUGACUCCUCUUCUGAAGAAGAUGAAAAGACUAACAUAAAGAUUAAGGCAAUUCAUCACAGAACUUCUGCCAAAGUCAAUCUAAGAAUGAUAGCACAGCCUGAAGUUAGAUCACCAAUUUACGAGAGUCCCAUAAGUACUGCAUUGGCUCCCUUACCCAAUUGGAUAGUAGAACUACCCUUUGAUGAAGAAGUGAUAGAUGAAGUUCAGGAUACUUUUCCACAUGCUUGGUUUAAAUUUUUGCUCAAUACUUUUGGACAUUCAUAUGUAGAUAUGCUAGAUCAAAGCUCUACCCCAAGUAGCAAAACCUCCAGCAGCAGCAGUAGUAGUUCAAAGUCUUCUGAACAAUCCAGUGGUAGAGUUGGAGGAGAAAAAGAAACCUACAUCCAGAGAAUGCAGUAUGAUGAGACCUUGGAGGAGUCUUACAGGCUCCUGAUUGGGACCUGCCACUUGAUUGUCCUUGGAACUGACAUUCAUGCUCCCUCACCUUCACAAGUCUACAAGACCUUUAUUGGAGAGCUUUCUUGGUCAAUGGCUCUUGAAUGGCUCAUCAACAAGCAAAUCUUAUAUGAAUUAGUACUUCAUGCUUAUAGAGUUGGUGUAAAACUCGCACUUGACCAUAUCCUAAUUGGGGGGAUGACUGGAUGGGCGGAGCUACUCACAAUUAUGGAGGAUUACACACACAACUGGUACCUGGGACCUGACAGCAGAGUUGAGGUUCACACUCACCCUGCUUCACGUCUGUCUUCUGAUUCCCCAAAGGGUAAAGCUGUGCAUUUUCUGGAAACUAGGUGGCCAAAAUCAUGGAUGGAAGCAGUGAGGAUGGAGACAUCAAAUCUCUUUUCUUUGGGUUACAAUGCUGUUAAGGGUGUUUACACAUCACAUCUCUUGACUCUUGGAGAAGCAGAAAUAGCUGUGGGGAGACUCGGUAGUGAGACUGUGAGGGGUCUGUGGGCCUCUCUGGUGGCUGAGUUACUCUACCUCACCAACGAUGAUGAUGAACGCUACUCUAUACAGGCCCAGCCAGGUCUGCUGCGUAAUUUAACAAUCCAAGCUGCAGAUCCUCCUCUGGGGUAUCCAAUCUUUUCCAGUCCUCCUCUGCGCUUGGCUGUUGCUUGGCUCAAUGCCACCUUUGAACAAGUCUAUUCUUCUGAGCAAGAAAAAGGGCGACAUUGAGAUCCAUCAUACAGUAUAUUCAAAUGUACAGAUAUUUAAGAAGAUGGGUUGGAGAUGUACAGUUACAGUAUAGAAUUAUAUUAAUUGUUGUACAGGUAGAGACACAAGUACCGGUAUUUUCCCAGUUUUAUCCAAUGAUUAAUUAAACCUGGCAGAAUAUAACAAGAGCUUAAUCAUGACUACAUCUGGUCAGUUGGUAUGCCUGACUAGGUUGAAUCUCUUGAGUUGGUCACCAAAUGAUGGUUCAAAAUAUUCAUGUUCAAUUUAUACCAGAAGAGGAAAGCUUGCUCAUCCACUGAAUAAGAAAUGCACAUCAAUGAAGCAGUGAAAUAAAUUUGUGAUUAGAUGUCAUGUCCAUUUAUGGUGCAUCAAAACAUAGAUAUAUUAAUGACGACUUACAUGUUUGCCUCCUUAGUUAUCAUGUUACAAGUCUAUGAUUCAUGAACCAUUGCCAGUAUCUAGUCAGAUUCUCGUGUGUAUCAAAACCAACCUUUUUAUAGGAAGCAUAGUUGAGCAAGCCUAACAUCUGCAUUUCAUUUCAACUGUCAUCGUGAACACACCUCACCAAUUAUGGAAAAAGCAACUUGAAGGCACAAAACCACAAGGGAAAUGAAAGGAGCUAAGAUUUCAUUGUAAAGGAGUGGUGUGAGCUCAGUGGAGAUAGCAGAGAAAUACACAGCAAGCACAAAAUCUUUUAACAAGCGCAUCAAGCACUAGGUGGAAUAAGGCACAUCAUGAGUAGUAAUGGGGAGACUGAAUUAACACAAUGCCACAAAGAGCCAUGUGUAGAAUUUACGGGAUGGCGUACAGACAUGGCCGACAACUUUUGGUAACGGGUCAUAUUUUGUGAUGAGAAGACAUUUUCAACCGAUAGUUUGGAACCAUCGUGCAUCUGGCAGAGAGUGAAUAAGGUUCUUCAGACUUGCCAACUGUUUAGUAGUUUCAAGGUUGUGUGUGUGCAUCAGAUGGCUCAACUUUUCCUCGAUGUAUUCACCAAAACUUUGGAGGAUAAUUAUGUCUUUGUUUACAAUUUAUUUAAUCAACAAAUUAUGUUUUCAAUUUGUGUUUUUUUAGUUUUAUAAAGUAAGUUCAUGACUGUUUAAAUCAAGAAAUCAUGUACUUUAUAAUAUUUAUAUUUUUAGCAUGCCUAUGGGUCGGCUAAUCAUGUGAGCACGUGAAAGUGAUUCUUACCAGGGAACAACAGUUGGAACCAUUAUUAUUAGAAGUCUUCUGAUUGAAACUUGUGGGGAGACAAUUUUGAGGAAGAGAAUAUCAAUGAGCAGUGCUUCUGGGAAUAAGAAUUUAAAAGUAUUGUAGAUGAUCUGCAUUAAGGGAGGAUAACACAAGAACAAGAUUUCAUCAAUCAUUUAGUAAAAGAAGAAAAGGUAACAGCCAUAAUGGACUAGUCAGGUAUGUGAUAUAUUAGCUCAGUCACUUAAAGUUUAAGAUGAUGGUGUAGAGAAAGUACUAAUGACUGAUAAUAUGUGGAGAUUAAUGCUUUAUGAAGAUGGAUGAAUUGGAGUAGAAUUUGGGGAUUUUUCUUUUUUAUUAAACAAUCAGGUUCUUAUGAGGAAAUCAAAACUAGACUUACGGGUAUUGGUGAAGGAGCUUAUAAGCUUAAAGUGAAAAUCGUUCUCAAAGCUAGAAUUUUCUGGAAUGAUUUUCCGAGAAAAUUUCAAUUCCGGCUAUCAGAGAGUUCCGGUUAAGAGGGAUUCCGGCUAACGGAGAUAUUACUACUCUGUAAUUUUUGCUGUAGUAAGCGCUAAAUAUACCAUUACCAUAGACUUACAUUGAGGCGAGUACAAAUGUCAUUGUUUUUAUUUGUAUAUACUGUAUUGGUACUGUAUGUUACUAAGUAGUUUUGAGUGUUAUUUUUUUAUGAUUCUUUUAUAUUUUGAAGGGCAUUUUAUUGACUCAUACAGUAAUUCUCAUAGGUUUUGGAAAAUUACACCAUACAAUCCUUUACAGAUGGUGUUAAGACAAUUUCUUGUGUAAAAUAAAGGGUUUCAUCACAACACCAUCCAAAGACAACACAAUAAAACAUAAGGUACAGUAGACACUCAUCCAGUACAUCAUUAAUUCGCAUAUCUAGAACCCCCCCCCCAUAUUAUAUAAGAGCCUGGCAAGUAUUGAUGUAAAAAAUAUAAUGGCAAAAAAAAAAAAAUUAAAAAAAAAACUGUUCUAAGGGCCAAAAGCACCACACCCAACCCAAGACAAUAUGCACACACACACACACACAUACACACGGCCAGCAGCCCCAUCCCUGCUGCAAUCCUCCCAGGGGCAAUCCAUGUUCCCCCUUCCUUACCGCCUUACUACGAGCUUUUCAUAAUGUCUUCCAAUUACUCAUCAUCAUCAGCCUAGAAUAAUAUAAUGCUGAAGAGAAAGAGGGUUAGUCUGACUAUCCUCCAGGAGAUUAAAAGAAGAGUUAGAUACAGUACACGAAAAUAUGCAAUAAAUUAAAAGUCUAAGAAGAUUUAAUAUAGAAAUAGAGAUGUAACAGUAACUGUACAAUAGAGAUUUUGGAGUUACUUGUCUGAAUGUGUCCUGAUGCUGAAAACUCUUAUUGUCUAUAUCAUUUAUUUCGUCACGUCAGGCUGCUCUGUUAGAUGCCUUUAUACAGAGUCACUAGUAAAUAUAAUUCUGGUAAAUUUUAUGGUUUAAACACAUAAUCAUCAUUGUCACUGUUUUACAACCAUUUUCUAUAAUUAAAUAGUAAUUUAUAACUUGGAACACAAUGUGGUGAAAUAAUUUUUUAGUAUGGGGCAAUGGACAAAUUAAAAAUUUUAAUUAACACUCACCACUGUGUAGUUGUGUUUCAUGGGAUCUUUCCAGUGUUUUACAUUCAGAAAUUACUCAUUAAGGCCUUAUUCCAUCUAUUUUUAAUUUGGAUCUUUGAUAAUACCUUCUUAUCUCCUACAGCUUGAUUAAUUUUUAAAAUUUGAUCAUAACAAACUGCACAAUCCAAUGGUGAAAACAGGUUGUCUGAGACACAGCUCCUUUGAAUUAUGCAAGCCAAAUGAGGAUCUAACUUGGUAAUCCAAGUGGCUCUACAUCCUUGAUAAUUAUACAUGUAGUAUGGUCCCCUUGGGUCCUGGGUGAAACUACUACUACUGAAUUCACAUCCUCUACUGACGGACAUAGCUAGAUGUCGCAUUCUGGAUUGAACAAAAAUUUUAUUUUUUAUAAUAUGACUUAUUCUGGAAUACAGUACCUGUACAUCAAUAGUCUCAUAAUAGAAUAAAACACACCACAGUGAUUCCAAAUACUGUACAGUACUGUUGACCAAUUAUUCUAGUCAUUUACUGUACUAAAUACAGUUCAAUAUUUUUUAGAUGAACAAAGACAAUUUGUAACAUUAAAAAAGAAAAAAAAAUUAAACUGUUGAAACUGUAGAGUACAGGUACCUUAAGAUAUAGAAAUCAUUAGAUAUAUAAAUGGAUAAAUAGAUAUAGAAACACUCAUUCACUAUUGCUCCAUCACCUGCCUCCAGCUUGAGGCUUUAGAGACGGGGGGAGCUGACCAGGUGUAGAUGAUAGUGGAGUAACCUGUGGGGUGCAGUAACUAGUGAAUACAGCACUUGCCUCCUGCUCUAAGGGUCGCUGGCUCGAUCCCAGGAUACUCCCAGUACACCUAGAGAUAAUUGACCACUAAACUUGGCAGUUGGAGAAAUGAAGGCGGUCAGGUGAAGUGCCAGACACACUGCCUCUUUGUAUACUGAAGGCUUGGUAAACAUUGUGCUGCAUCCUCAUUGUCCCUAGUAAGAAGUCGUGUUAAUAGGAUUCACUUUAAUUUUUUUCACAGUACUGUAUCCUGUGUGUACACUAACUUCACCCUGAUAACUGUAUUAAUACACAGUUGAUACAUUAAUUUGUUGUUGAUCUUUAACCUGUAUUUCUGUAGAAGAAAUCACAUCAUUUUUUGCCCAAUCUUUAUCCAUUACCUAGGGGGGGGGGGACCACUAAAGUUAUGAGUUGAUAUUAAUAAAAAAAUAUAUAACCACAUUGGUACUGCUCAUGAACAGGUGAUAAAUUUUCAAAAUAUUUGAGAAUUACUGCAUAAUUUUUAAUGAUAAUGUGAUAUUGAGAUUAUUGUGAUAUAUUUAUUACUCAUAUAUAAAUAGAUUAUUAAAUAUUUGUGUAUUGAAUCAUCUCGUAAGUAAUUUUAGGUAACUGGUACUUGUGCUUUUUAUUGUAAUGAUAUUGUUAUGUUUAACUUAAUAGUUUGUACUAAUUUGAGUCUUAAAAGGUCUGGUUAUAUGUGAAUUUUCUCUUUGUUAUACCUGUAGUUUGUUUAUGUUAUAGUGAAAUACUAUUGUAAAUUACUCA